AUGGUCGGUGCAAAGUUACGCGAAGCAGCUCUAAAGUCGCCGAGGCAGUUGUACAAAUUUUUGAUGCGAGAAUGCGGGAAAUUACCGAAAGAAGCACAAGGAUUUUACAGACAUUCGAUCAAGCAGUUAUCUGUUUUCACCAUGAUUUUUAGUACACAAAGUCAGAAGGAAGAAGAACGGAAACAAAGUAACGAGCACAAGAGUAAAGAUACUAUCGUAGUAGUAGAGCAGCAUUCUUUAUCCUUUAAUAAAAGGAUUUGCAACUGCGCGUCGUAUAGAACCAUGGAUUUCAAAACGAUAAUACGCGACGAAAGCGGGAUCAACGCACAGCAAUUUUUCAAAGCUGUCAGUAUAUGGCGUCGUAAUCCUCAAACUGUAAACCGCAGGAUUCUUGCAUCGAUCGAAGUAUUGAACAUCGAAGUUAACUGCGACAUCUCUCAAGUUUUUCAGCUUGUCAAUACCCUGAACAUUUCAACUUUAGGUAUGGAUCGUGAGGGGGACAGCGUCGAUAACGUAAAAUUAUUGGAUGUACUACGCAUUUUUGAUCAGACGGUUGCUACAACAGCCGGCAGGAAGGUGCACGUGUACGCGGUGAAACAAUUACCACGUACGCCACACAUAUUUUCCACUGGUAUCGAAUUUUUUUUGUCGCUUAGCGAAGAAAGUUGCGUGAUAAAUGUCCACAAACCCUUUUUCUCGUUCAAGCAACCUCUUGGUGCUAGAAUGGCAUUUAUGUUACAACAAGGGACAGACGGUUUCACAUCCAUCAGUGUCUAUCAACCGAGUAACCGAAUUACGUCCGAUUAUUUCAGCGUUGAAUGGUUAAAGCAAAAGCUUUUCCCACGUAUGCUGAAAUGGGCGGUAAGCGGUGACUCUGAAAGGACAUCGACCCCGUUGUCUUCGUUGAAUCUCGUAUCGGCUGAAAAAUAUGCAGACCUGUACUGCAAGUUGAAAGAGAAGUAUGGCAAGAAAUUGAUAGAGAACUGGCCAGAAAGUACCGAUCCGAUGAAAUUUGUUUACGAAGACGUAGCAAUCGCUGCCUACCUGUUGUUGUUGUGGGAGAAGGAGAGAUUCGAGACGGGGACUAAUAAUUUACAAACGUUUAUCGACUUGGGAUGCGGUAAUGGUUUACUCGUGCAUAUCCUAUUCAACGAAGGUCACCGUGGAUUAGGAAUUGAUUUACGAAGGAGGAAAAUAUGGGACUUGUAUCCACCUGAAACUCCGUUGCAAGUUUGUACCGUUGUUCCAUCUUCAUCGACGGUAUAUCCAGAAGUGGACUGGAUCAUAGGAAAUCAUUCGGACGAGUUGACACCGUGGAUUCCGAUAAUUGCCGCGCGUAGUUCCAACAACUGUCGUUUCUUUUUAUUACCUUGCUGCCCGUACGAGCUGAAUGGGGCAAAGUAUCAGAGGUAUUGUGCCUCGAAAAGUCAAUAUUCGGAGUACAUUGAUUACGUGAAAAACAUAUGCGUUCACAUAUGCGGUUUUACGACGCAUCUUGAUAAAUUAAGAAUUCCCUCUACAAAACGAAUAUGUCUGAUUGGAUGGGGAAGAACGCGCGAGGAGAUGAAAAAACGAGAAGAUCGUAUACGACAAAUGUUAAGUGCAAAGACAACUUUGACUCGACAAAAGUACGAGUCGAGCGACGAAACGAUCGAGAGUGAAGCGGUCGAAGAAGAGUGGACUUGCGACUUCAAGCCACGGGACAAAGUGGAGAGAGUGCGAAACUGUACGCAAUUGGACAGAACGCUAGUUGCGAAUAUCGUUGACAUCGUGUCGAAUCAGUUACUCCAUGAAGGUCGCGCCAUAACUACCGAACAGGCACCCAAGAAACUUUGGAACGCUGGCAGAUGUCUUGAAUUACGCAAAGUCGCCGAAUCAAUCCCUAGAGAAGCCAUGAUACAUUUACGGAAAGAAUGCGGAGGCCUUCAAACCUUGCUGAAAAAUCAUAGUCAUAUAUUUCGCGUUGUCGAAGGAAGAGUAGAGUUCAGAGUACCUGGAGCAGCAGCAGCAGCAGCAGCAGCAGCAGCAGCAGAAAGGAUCAACGGAAAAGCGAAGAAGAAGAGAAACGAAUUGUCUUUGCCGCCACGGGUGAAGACCAAACCUUGUUGGUUUUAUAAAAAUCACCCGGACGGUUGCCCCGUAACCGAAACAAAAUGUAAUUACAAGCAUUAA